AUGAAGUACUUCCAGCAGACAGUCGACUUCGACUACACAUGGGAAGAGGUCUCGACGAGCAACUGGCGCAAAUACGGCCCCUGGAACGAGAAGACACCGCAUGUCAUCGCCGUCGACACAUUAAGCCGCUCCGUCGACCCAGCGACAGGAAUUCUCCGCACAGAACGCCUCAUCACAUGCCAGCAAUCCACACCCAAAUGGAUACAAACCAUUCUCGGCGGCCAGGACACGUCCAUGGUCUACGAGACCUCCUACGUCGACCCCGUCGCCAAGAAGCUCACCCUCUGCUCCAUGAACAUGACAUGGUCCGACCUCCUCAACGUGCGCGAAACCUGCAUAUACCAUCCCGUCGCCUCAUCGCCCGAUAAGACCGCCUUCACCCAGCGCGCCGAGAUCACCGCGCUGUGCGGUGGCUGGCAGAAGAUCAAGAACAGCAUCGAGCAGUUCACUGUUGAGCGCUUCCAGCAAAACGCUGCUAAGGGCAAGGAGGGCUUCGAGAUGGUGCUUGAGCGCGCGCGCCAGGUGUUCCAGGAGCAAAGAGAAAUCUUGGCGCUGCAGCAAGCGCAGCAGGACAGCCGGAUCCUUCGCCAGGCCAAGAUAUAA